AUAAGCUUUAUCGUAACAGGCAUCGAAUAUUGAUGUUCCAAGCAUUUGUCACUUGCCACAAACAUAGUAGUACAUUCGCAAUUGAUCAGGUUUAUCAGUACGCCUGGAGAUAAAGCGGUUUCAACCUAAAACACCUUAAUCUACGCUAUCGUGCACAACGCUUCCCGCGGAUAAAGAUUGAAAAUCGAGCAAGUUGUCAAUAUCGCGUCAGGCUUCAGUUGGCCGCGAGUUUCCGUUAAGUGCACGCGCGCUUCUCUGAAUUCUUUUCGGGGCAUGGGAAAAGUCGCGGUGCAUCCAGGUGCUGGAUACGUUUUUGAGGAUUCGUGAGCCUCUCGAGGUAAAAUGGACGUGCUUUACAUUGUGUAAAAAUUGAAAACUGGUUUGCCACCGUUUGGUAGACGAUAUAUUGCUCGAGACAUUUUAGGGCAACGAUGAGUACAAACAAAAUACCAGAAUAGACAUUGUAUAAAUAACUAACUUUACUACGAAUCAUAUGAAUAUAUCGCAAGUCAAUAACAAGCUUUGUUUCUUAAUCCACUGCUAAGCGUAUUGUCAAGAGAAAUUUCAAUUCUCAUAAUUGUGCCAAAAUGAUGAUAAAAUCAAUGCCACGGUCUGCAUCUAUAUACAUUCUGACAGAAUCCCAGCAAACUCCUACCUUCUGCAACGAAACUCGAGGAAAAAUCCACUUCCGCGAUGUGCGUAACGCAACAAUCGAUUCAUUCAUUGACGAGGAGCGUUGAAUAGUUGCAAUUGUUAUUACACUGCUCGUAACUCCAUUAGAAUCCUUAACUCCGAUUGAUCGUAGCUGCGCUACUUAGCACUUCUCGGCUUAGUCGCGACUUGGCUCUUCAACGGAGUUGAACACGUUCUACGCUGCGCCGCUCGGCCGAAAGGUGAAAAGUUUCGCUCGCCUCGGGAUCCGACAAAGCCGCUAUUCUUGUAUUUUGGGUUAUGGAAGCUCCGCGUCAUCCGAGUACAGAGUCAUUGAGCUUGAGCCAAACAAUGAUUCAUCCAAUAGCCCAUUUCCUCGAAAUAGGAUAACGUCGAGCAAGUACACAGUUUGGAAUUUCGUCCCUAAAAAUCUGUUCGAACAAUUUCGGCGAGUCGGCAACUUUUACUUUCUGGUGACUGCAAUCGUUGCUGCCAGUAUAAAGUCACCAAUUUCUUCAUUAACGAGCUCCUUACCCUUACUAUUCGUCAUUCUGGUAACAGCAUGCAAACAGGGCUACGAAGAUCUAUUGCGGUACAGGUCCGAUCGGCGGGUGAACAAUCUACCUGUUACUGUUAUCCGUCGAAAAUGCUCUCAGGAAAUACGCUGUCAGCAAAUUGUAGUAGGCGAUCUUGUGCGAGUCAACCGAGACGACGACGUACCAUGUGAUCUCGUAAUCCUGCACAGCAGCGAGUCUUCGGGCAAAUGUUAUGUAACAACUUCGAACCUCGAUGGCGAGACGAACUUGAAGACACUGUUGGUCCCGAAAACGUUCGCCAAUCUGGAAAUCGAGCAGGUCAUCUCGAUGAAGGCAACUAUUACCUGCCAGCAACCGAUCGCCGGACUUUACACAUUCGAAGGUCGAGUACAAGCAAGUAUUCCUCGGGAAGAUAGCGUCGAAGAAGAAGUGCGACAAGGUCCACUUGGUAUUGAAAAUAUCGUGCUCAGGGGUGCUAGACUUAAAGAUACCGAUUGUGUGCUCGGAUGUGCUGUCUAUACCGGUAGGGAUACCAAGCUCUCGCUCAACUCGAAAUUGAGUAUCAACAAAUUCUCAAGUGUUGAGAAAUCUAUAAAUAAGUAUGUUUUGAUAUUCAUAGCUUUUUUAAUACUUGAAGUAUGUUUUACUACCGUGAUGAAGGUCAUAGUUGAAAGUUCAGCUCGUUGGGAUGUAUACCUAGGAAAACUCAAUAGCUCAAUAUAUGCAAACGUUCACAAUGAUAUACUUUCAUUCACUAUUCUUUUCAAUUACGUUGUGCCGAUUUCGCUUUACGUAACUAUAGAACUUCAAAAGUUUAUGGGAUCGUUCUUCUUCAGUUGGGAUUUAAGAAUGUACGACGAAUCAACUAAACAGCCAGCAAUAGCCAAUACGUCUGAUUUAAACGAAGAUCUCGGACAAGUGGAAUAUUUAUUUUCAGACAAGACUGGGACAUUAACGGAGAAUUUGAUGAUAUUCAGACGAUGUUUCAUAGAUGGUUACGCUUAUCUAGAAAAAGACUGUAACGGAAAUUUGUACCUUUUACCCCAGAACGGAACCGAGACAGAUGUUCAAAAAAUCGGAAUGUGGACGCCUGAAAUCUGGCACUUCAUGUUGAGCAUCUCAAUCUGCCACACUGUACACAUAGCUCCUGAUAGUCAGAAGGCUAAGGCUCAAAUGAAGAGAGUAGAGUUUCGAGAGAGCUUUCGUCUGAAAAAAAUAGUCCGAUUAAACAGUUCACUCAUGAUGCAUCCAGACUUACCAGAAUACCAGGCAGCAUCUGCAGAUGAAAAAGCUCUAGUUGAAGCAGCUGCUCGAUGUGGCGUUGUCUACCAAGGCGAUGGGAACAAAGACGAAAUCAAGAUCGACGCAAAAGGAACCGAGCUUAGGUUUUAUAGGCUAGAUACUUUAGAAUUCAAUUCUGAUAGAAAAAGAAUGUCUGUGAUAGUUAGAGAUACCGCAGGAGAUAUUUGGCUGUACUGUAAAGGAGCUGACACAGCCGUAUUUCCUCUAGUACAUCAGGGAAAGCUAGAAUCCGGCAAAAUAUCAGUUGAUGAUUUUUCUAUGAGAGGAUUGAGAACUCUUGUGAUAGGUUUUAAAAAGUUUACGGAAGAUGAAUAUCAACGUCAUAGUCGUGAAAUAAGCUCAGCGAGGCAGACGAUAGGCAUUGACAGAACAAGAGGAAUUGAUAGUGCGUAUUUGAAUGUCGAAAAUGGAUUGACGCUGCUUGGAGUUACUGCGGUAGAAGAUAGGUUGCAGGAGGGUGUACCAGAGACUAUGGAAAAGCUACGAAUAGCUGGAAUAAAGAUUUGGGUGCUGACAGGAGAUAAAGCAGAGACAGCUGAGAAUAUAGCCUUCUUCUGUGGGCACUUUAAAAAAGGCACGAAAGUUUUAAGGCUAAUGGCUAUGAAGUCAAUCCCAAUGUGCUACGGCGUUCUAACAAGCUUCGAGCGGAAGCUCAAAUUAGAUCCUUUUGUUCAAUAUGGAUUGCUGGUAGAUGGAAUAAGUGCCGGUAUUGCUUUGAAAAACUGCCCAAGUUUGCUUAGGAACGUUGGAAUGGCCUGUGAGGCUGUUGUUUGCUGCCGAAUGUCGCCUUUGCAAAAAAGCCAGAUAGUGCAUUUGGUGAAGCGCGCACGUGGCAGACCCUUAACAGCGGCAAUAGGCGACGGCGGUAACGACGUGUCCAUGAUUAAGGAGGCCCACGUAGGUCUGGGCAUUACAGGCAAGGAGGGCUGUCAGGCCGCGAUGAGCGCUGAUUUCGCCUUUGCUAAGUUCAUGCAUCUCGACAGAGCCUUACUCGUUCAUGGGCAUUGGUACUAUCUGAGGGUCGCAGUGCUAACGCAGUAUUUCUUCUACAAGAACCUGGUCUUCAUCACACCUCAGCUGUUUUUUAGUAUUUACAAUGGAUUUUCUGGACAGGCUUUGUACGACAGCAUAUUCCUAAUGUGCUUCAACAUUUUUUUUUCCUCGGUACCGAUCUUAGUUUACGGAAUCAUCGAGCAGAACUACCCUGACGAAAAGCUGCUUAAAUUUCCGCAAUUGUAUCAAUUGCAUAAGAAGAAUUAUUUAUUGUCACCCUCCCAAUUUUUAUUGUGGAUUUUUAUGGCAAUUUGGCAAACCUGUACAAUAUACUUCAUUUCACACUAUCAUUAUAUUUACAAUCCUAUUCUCUUUGACGGAACACCAGCGGAUCAUUGGUGCUUCAGUACCUGCAUAUUUCACCUAGUUACCUUAGUUAUUAACCUACAGUUGCUUGUUUUAAGUUCCUACUGGACGAUUCCAUUUGCGCUCAGCAUAAUAACCACAGAACUAUUCUUUUUUGCGUUUACAUUUUUCUACAGUUUCUGGAACUUACAAUACGACGGAAACAUGUACCGCGUAUUCCCAAGACUUAUGCUCUCUCCCACGUUUUGGAUUUUGACAGUGCUUGUAAUUACGAUUUGUCUGAUUCCAACUUACGCACUUGUUAUGUACCAAAAUAGCAGGCCUUCGAGAAUACGUGGACAAUUGGAAAGUAGAGAAGAUAGUAUAAGUGAAAUAAUUUACUCACCUGCUGAACGUAUUUCGAUUGCUAGUCCAGUAUUACCAAAUCGACGUUCAUCUACUGUUGUUCCUUGGAGAGGAAAUUUCUCUUGUUAUGACAAUAAAGCGUUUUAAAUCUUCGAGUAA